AUGGGCAGCAGCUCGCUGUCCGAAGACUACCGCCUGUGUCUGGAGCGCGAGCUGCGGCGCGGCCGCGCAGGCGUGUGCGGGGACCCCUCGCUGCGCGCAGUGCUCUGGCAGAUCCUGGUGGAAGACUUCGACCUGCACGGCGCGCUGCAGGACGACGCGCUGGCGCUGCUCACAGACGGGCUCUGGGGCCGCGCCGACCUGGCGCCCGCGCUGCGCGGCCUGGCGCGCGCCUUCGAGCUGCUGGAGCUGGCAGCUGUGCACCUGUACCUGUUGCCCUGGCGGAAGGAGUUCACCACUAUCAAGACCUUCUCCGGGGGCUACGUGCAUGUGCUGAAGGGCGUGCUCUCCGAGGAGCUCCUCAUCCAGAGCUUCCAGAAGAUGGGCUACGUACGAAGGGACAACUAUCACCUGAUGGUCGCCACCCCACCUCCUGCCUGCCAGCUGGUCCAGGUGGCCCUGGGCUGCUUUGCACUGCGGCUGGAGUGUGAGAUCCUGGGGGAGGUGCUCACCCAGCUGGGUACCAGUGUGCUGCCAGCUGAAGAUCUGCUGCAGGCACGUCGGGCCAGUGGGGAUGUGGCCUCCUGUGUGGCCUGGCUGCAGCAGCGCCUGGCCCAGGACGAGGAACCACCACCCUUGCCCCCUCGAGGCCACCCUGCCACCUAUGGGGCACCCCUGGACCUGUACCGGGACCUGCAGGAGGAUGAGGGCUCAGAGGUCAGUCUCUACACAGAGCCCUCGCCUGGCCCUGACUCACCCCCCGUGGAGCUGGUCUACCGGCCACCACUCUGGGAACAGAGUGCCAAACUCUGGGGCAGUGGAGGCCACACCUGGGAGCCCCCAGCAGAAGAGUUGCCCCGGGCCAGCAGCCCACCCUAUGGGGCUCUGGAAGAGGAGCUGGAGCCUGAGCCCUCUGCCUUCUCAUUCCUCUCGCUGUGCCAUGAGCUGAGCAGGCCUGGGGACUUGGCUACUCCCGAAGCCCCUGGGAGCCCAGGGCAGUCCAGCCCCAGGCUUAGGCGGGUAGAGAGCACACUGGCCUCAGCCUACAGCUCUGUCCCUGAACCCCCUGGGUACCAGGCACACAGUUGCCUAGUGCCUGGUGCCCUGCCCACCCUAUGUUGUGACACCUGCCACCAGCUACAUGCUGCCCACUGUACUGCACUGCCUACCUGCCGCCCAGGGCACUCGCUGCGGGCACUACUCAGUGAUACUCAGCAGCGCCUGUGGCUGCAGCGUGCCCAGGUGGACACCUUGCUCUUUGACAGUCCUGGGGGCCGACCCUAGGCCGGACUGGCCGGUGGUUCCAGGCAAGUUUCCAUGGUGCUUCUCAGGGGAUGGCAGGGGCCCUUGGCUAUCCCUUGCUGUCCUGGACAUGCCCUGCAUGGUAGGAAGGGGCUCUGUCUCUGCUAGCAGAGGCUGAGCUGGGCCAUAGGGACUUCUCUUGUAUCUCUCUCAAUGCCCAGCCCACAUGUGCAGUAGGAGGGUCAGCCUGUCUGUCACAGUGUCCAAACCUGUCCCCAGGAAGGACCCUGCCCUUUAGAGGCCCACUGAUACCCACAGUUCCUGAGAGUUUCCUGCAGUUUGGGGUUCAGGGCAAAUUGCCUCCUCCCAUGUUUGGGAAGGGUCCCCUACACUACAUAGGUCCACCUGGGAGGCUCCACCAGGUGCACAGCUGACCUGAGAACUGGGUCUCUCCCAGGGCAUCACAGCCCGGAGAGUUUGCAGGCUAUUCCUUGGCUGGGGAGGGGUAAGAGCCCUUGGUUCCCCAGUGCCUGUAGUUGAUCCAGGCAGUGGGCACAGCGACCCCAGAGGGAGUCAUUCUGCUGCUUUCUGCCUACGUGACUGGAUGGGCCAGGUCUGCCCUGUCCACUUGGGGGUAGGCACAGCAACUGCCACCUGUGCCCUAUCCUCACUGCCUCCUCUCUGAAUCUCCCUAUCCCAGCCCUGCCCAGCACCCUGGGGAUACUGUCCUUAUCACACAAGUCAGAACUCUGCAGUACAUUAAACAAUGGUGAAACCACA